AUGACGGAAAGCGUGGCAGUGGUGGAUUCUGAUGAAGAGUUGCACAGGGGCCACGCAGGUGGCAUUGACCAGGACCAGCAUGCUUUGCAGGAAGGCCUGGUGCAAGACCAAAGCAAUUUGGAGAGAGCUGCAACCGUUUUCCUUCGCAAAAGAGGGUAUCACAUCUCAGAGGCUCCGGUGCGCGAGGCACCAAGCUUCCUCCAACACGCUUCCAUGUUCAACAAGGUGGUGAAGUGGGCUGCGACCAUUUCACAGGUCAGGGAUGAAUUGUUAGCAGCGCUGGCGCCUCUUGCAGCUCGACUGGCUAGUGGCUUGGAGUGUGAGGAGGUCUCUGCGGCGCGGCAGUUCAGGGAGAGACACGCAGAUCUUCUGGCAAGAUUUCGCUUUCGCUCUGAACGUACGGAGGAGCAUGUGCCAGAGGUCUUCAUGUCCGCACUUGCCCAUGGCCUUCUUGUUUCACGGUUCAGCCGUCCGGAGCUGUUGACGCUGGCUGACAUGUUUUUCGAUGCUGUGCGCGUGAAUCGUCGACCUGAGGUGCAUACAGGACAGCAGCUUUCACACUCAGUGUUUGCCAGGGAGGCUGCAAGAAUCAAUGCAACAAGUCUCUCUUACAUCAGCCUGCAAGCUGGCAAAGCACCUGGAAACUUGGAGGGAAAGGACAGUCGAAAAGGGGCGAAAUCUACAUCCAUUCACAGGCUGCCUCUUCCUCCUCGAGCUGCUUAUGCGCUAUCGCAGCAGGAUGCAUCGGGACAUCAAGCCGUGGUUGCGCAUGUCAUUGAGGAUCACGACAGCGAGGUGCAAGUUGCUGCUCUGUCUCAAGAUGGCAAGUUCUGCGCUGCAGCGUGGGCUCGGGACCUUGUUUUGUGGAGCUCAGAUCUGCUGCCCAAGUGUAUACCGCUGGAGUCAGACCUUCCAGGUUAUCGGCUGGGAAGCCAUUCAGGUCGUCUUCUUUCUGCUGCUUUUGCCCCAAGUUCUGAGUUUUUGCUCUCUGGCGGUCAGGAGGGCCAGCUGCGACUCUGGAAUACCACAUCAAGGACAGCAAGCUGCGUCUACAGACAGAAGGAACCAGCUUGGUGCGUUGACUGGAGCCCUUGGGAUCAUUACUUUGCGUCCUCAGGACUUGAGGGAGCUCUGCUUUGGAGUGUUGAGCGGUCUUCACCACUGCGGGUCCUUGCACGUCCAUCUGCUCCAUCAGCGCAAGCCAUUAGGUUUCAUCCAGGGGGACACCUAGCCGCGGUGGCCACCAGCGACAGCUUGAUGCUUUGGGAUUUGGCCGCAGCCAAGCCUGUACGAGUUCUGUCCGAUUGCAAAGGUGCCACAGUGCUUGGCUUCUCACCAGAUGGCCUUGCGCUGGCAUUUGGUUCUCAGGAUGGCAGUCUGAGUCGUUGCGAUCUUCUUUCAGCUCGAGCCAGUACAGUCCACUGUCACAGAGGAUGUGUCACCGCUGUGGCUUGGAGUGGGAAUUCCUUGCUCUCUGGCUGUGGCGAUGAAUUGCAGCUGCGGGACAUGUCGCAUCACUCAUGGAGUACCUCUUCAAGACAAAUUAAGGUGGGCAUGGAGCAAAUGCUGUGCGCUGGCGUGGUGCGCGGGCACUGUCUUGUUGUGGGCAGCGUUAAGGGUGUUGGAAUGUGGGGAGAGGGCCUCCUGCGCGACUCCGAGCAAGUCUUCCUGAGAUGCCCAGGCGACGCGUUGAACUACAAUACCGCCGACGCUGCGAGGCACGAGCUUUGA